GAUAUAGUAAAAGAAGUAUAGAAGACACGUCAACAAAAGGGAAUGGACACGUCACCGGAAGGAAAGAAGAUACCAAAUAUAUAAGUCACUUGACAAUUAAUAUUUUCAUUAUUCGAAAUUGUAAAAGUUUGUAACAAACUCUCUCUCUCUCAUCUCUCUCUGUGUGACGAUCUCUCAUCUUUGUUGAUUUCCAUUGCUGGAGGAUCAUCACUGUGAGUAGGAAUUGGUGUUUUAGAACGUUGGAUUCCUGAUUUGGAUUUAUAAUACAAAGUGACGUUUAUCUCUUAUCAAAGGUAUCAGAGCUUCGACGAUUCUACGGAGAACGAUGACAGAAACUCGUGCGCAGUCGCAGAUGAAGGAGGCGAAGGUUCGUGAGGUGGAAGGAGCUUUUGGAGCUCGAAUCGAAGCUCUAGAAGUCAAGUUGGAGAGUCAAUCGGAGAUGUUGAGCGCGAAACUCGAUCAACACAUCAGUGACAUGUCAGAGACGAUGCGUCUUAUCGCGAACCAGAAGGAUCAAGCCGCGACUGGUGAUAAUCGUAAUCCCGAGCGUUUUCCUCCGAUGAUGCAACCAGAUCCGGGGAGAGGAAGACCAGGUAUGCAUCAUCACUAUUCUGGAAUGACGCGAUUGACGAAGUUGGAUUUUCCGCGAUUUAACGGUGAAGCGAUGAAGGAUUGGUUAUGUAAAGUGGAGCAGUUCUUCUACAUGGAUAAUACACCUGAUGAUUUGAAAGUAGGCUUGGCUUCGAUGCAUUUUGAUGGUCUUGCUGCUACUUGGCAUCGUGCGGUAUUACAGUCGGAGAAUCACAGGAACUUGCUACAGGAUUGGCCAACUUAUUCUAUGUUGUUGAUGGAGAGAUUUGAUGAAUUGUUGGAUGAUCCUUUUGCUGAGUUGAAAAUGUUGCAGGAAACAGACGGUAUAGUGGAGUAUCAUGGGAGGUUUGAGUUGAUUCGUACUCGAGUUGAUCUUCCUGAGCAUUAUCUUGUUAGUGCUUAUUUGGCGGGGUUGCGCACUGACACUCAGAUGCACAUUCGCAUGUUUCAACCGGAGUCAGUUCGUCAAUGCCUCAUGUUGGGAAGAUUGUAUGAGAAGGCACACCCAAAGAAGUCGUUUCAAACUGGAUGGUCUCAAGGGAAGCAAGCGUUUGCAGGGAAAGGAUUACUAUCUCACAAGAAAGAAGCUGAUACGAAACCUUUUUUGCCAACGGCUCAGGAUAAAUCAAAAGAGUACCAACCUCAGAAGUUUCUUACUCAAGAGGAGAUGAGUAAAAGACGUGCAGCAGGCUUGUGUUACUUUUGUGACGAGAAGUACACACCUGGUCAUUUCCUUAAGCAUAAGAAGACGCAAUUAUUUGUGAUGGAAGUGGAGGAUGAGGAUGAAUUAACUCCGGAGGAACAAGAGAUGAUUGAAGAACAAGAUGGUGGUGAUUUGGCUCAAAUAUCUGUGAAUGCAGUUACGGGGGUCUCGGGGUAUAGAACUAUGCGAGUGAAGGGUCUUUCAGGGAAAAGAACAUUAUUUGUGUUGAUUGAUACGGGCUCAACACACAAUUUUAUAGAUGAGAAGGUGGCUGAGAAGUUGGGAUGUGAGUUAUUACCUGCUGGUACUACGAGAGUGGCAGUAGCAGAUGGCAGUAAACUGGGGGUUAGUGCGAAGAUCAACAACUUACAAUGGAGCUUUCAACAUAAUUCUUUCACUGCAGACUUUAUGGUUAUUCCUUUGGGAGGUUGUGAUAUGGUAUUGGGGAUACAAUGGUUGGAACAGUGGGGUCCUAUUACUUGGGAUUUUCAACAAUUGACGAUGAAGUUUCGGAGGGGUAAUAAGUUUGUGUUGCUCCAUGGUCUUACUCAAGGUUCUGUACGUGAAUUGAGAGCACAAAAGCUCAACUUGGAGAAGGAUGAUAUCGCACAAGUUUCCAUGAUCAUGGUCCAACAGUGUGAUACGGAGUUUCAGGGCAGCAUUCAUGCUUUGAAUAGUAGUGACGACACCUCGCAGUAUCCUCCUAUUGAAGAGUUACUCCAUGAUUAUGCUGACAUUUUUGAAGAGCCGACGACUUUGCCUCCGUUUCGGGCGAAUCACAACCACAAGAUUCCACUUUUGGAGGGUUCUAAUCCGGUUAACCAGCGACCCUAUCGUUAUGCAGUACAUCAAAAGAAUGAGAUUGAUAAGAUGGUGAAGGAAUUAUUGGGAGCAGGAACUAUACAGUCCAGUUCCAGUUCGUAUGCUUCGCCGGUGGUGUUGGUAAAAAAGAAGGAUGGGAGUUGGCGUUUGUGUGUGGAUUAUAGAGGCCUUAAUGGUAUGACGGUUAAAGAUCGUUUUCCUAUUCCGUUAAUUGAGGAUCUUAUGGAUGAACUUGGGGGUGCAAAGGUGUUUUCUAAGAUCGAUUUGCGGGCAGGAUAUCAUCAGGUGAGGAUGGAUCCAUCUGAUAUCCACAAGACAGCCUUCAAAACUCACAGCGGUCAUUUUGAGUAUCUGGUUAUGCCGUUUGGGUUAACAAACGCACCUGCGACAUUCCAGAGCUUAAUGAACACAGUGUUUGGUGAGCUGUUGCGGAAGUGUGUCCUCAUAUUUUUUGAUGAUAUAUUGGUUUACAGCUCUUCUUUGGAGGAACAUGUCGUUCAUUUACAGAGUGUAUUGGAGCUUAUGAGAAGAAAUCAGUUGUUUGCAAAGCAUAGUAAGUGCGCGUUUGCUACUGAUAGGGUGGAGUAUUUGGGACAUUUUAUACAAGAAGCGGGGGUUUCAACUGAUCCUCAGAAGAUUAAAGCCAUUGUGGAGUGGCCGAACCCAUCGACACUGAAGGCGUUGAGAGGAUUUUUGGGUUUAGCAGGGUACUAUAGAAGAUUUGUGAUGAGCUUUGGUACGAUUGCUAGACCUCUCACGGUUUUAACGAAGAAAAAUUGUUUUGAAUGGUCUGAAGAGGCAGAGACAGCUUUUGGUACUUUGAAGAAGGCUUUAUGUGAAGCGCCAGUGUUGGCUUUGCCACGAUUUGACAAACCUUUUGUCGUUGAAACUGAUGCUUGUGGUCAGGGAAUAGGGGCUGUGUUGAUGCAAGAGGGUCAUCCGAUCGCGUUUAUUAGUCGUCAUUUGAAGGGUAAACAACUCCAUCUUUCUAUCUAUGAGAAGGAGUUACUUGCCGUGGUGUUUGCAGUGCAAAAAUGGCGCCAUUACCUCUUGCCUAAUCACUUUGUUAUCAAGACUGAUCAGAAGAGUCUGAAGUAUUUGUUGGAGCAACGUUUGAACACACCCAUUCAACAACAAUGGUUACCGAAGCUGUUGGAGUUCGAUUACGAGAUUCAGUAUCGACAAGGCAAGGAGAAUGUCGUGGCCGAUGCUUUAUCACGGGUUGAAGGAGCGGAGGUAUUACAUAUGGCAUUAUCUGUUCUCGAGUGUGAUUUGAUGCAGCAGAUAAAACAAGCCUAUGCAACGGAUGGAGCGGUAAAGGAGUUAAUCGAUGAGUUGAAGUCUAAACCAUUUUCGAAGAAACAUUUUUCUUGGUCUCAGGAUAUCUUGCGGAGGAAAAGUAAGAUUGUAGUACCAAUGGAUCCGGUGAUCAGGAACAAGAUUCUUCAGUGGUUGCAUUGUUCUGGUGUGGGAGGUCAUUCUGGUAGAGAUGUUACUUAUCAGCGAGUUAAAAACAUUUUUUACUGGAAGGGUAUGAUUAAGGAUAUCCAACAGUACAUAAGGAGUUGCAGUGUUUGUCAGCAAUGCAAGUAUGACACUUCUGCUUAUCCUGGUUUACUAAAUCCCUUGCCUAUUCCAGAUUCAAUAUGGUCAGAUAUUUCUAUGGAUUUUAUUGAUGGACUUCCUCUGUCUUUCGGUAAAUCUGUGAUAUUUGUGGUAGUUGAUAGGUUGAGUAAAGCUGCUCAUUUUAUGGCUCUUGCUCAUCCCUAUUCUGCAUCCUCGGUGGCUCAGGCUUUUCUGGAUAAUGUCUAUAAACUUCACGGCUUUCCUCAGUCCAUUACCAGUGAUCGUGAUGCAGUUUUCUUAAGUGACUUUUGGAAAGAGUUGUUCAGUCUACAGGGAGUGGCUUUGAACAUGUCUACUGCUUACCACCCACAGAGUGAUGGGCAAACAGAGGUGGUGAACAGGUGUCUGGAGACAUACUUGAGGUGUAUGAGCAGUGACAGACCUAAGAUGUGGAGUAAGUGGCUGCCUCUUGCAGAAUAUUGGUAUAAUACCAAUUUUCACACGGCUAUCCAAACUACACCAUUUGAAGCUGUUUAUGGUCGACCACCACCGCAACAUUUGCCUUAUUUACCGGGAGAAUCGAAGGUAGCAGUGGUUGAUCAAGGUUUACGUGACAGGGAAGACAUGUUGUUGAUGCUUAAGUUUCAUCUGUCAAGGGCUCAACAUCGGAUGAAGCAGUUUACCGAUCAACACAGAACAGACCGUAGCUUUGAGUUGGGAGAUUUCGUUUAUGUAAAGCUACAACCAUAUCGUCAACGUUCUGUGGUGGUUCGCUCUAAUCAGAAGUUAGCUCCUAAGUAUUUUGGUCCUUAUAAAGUCAUCGACAGCUGUGGGAGUGUCGCAUAUAAACUGGAGCUACCGGGUGGGUCUCAAAUUCAUCCUGUGUUUCAUGUUUCUCAGUUGAAGGAAGCAGUGGGCAAUGUGGAGACUACUACGGUUUUACCUUCUGUUAUUUCUGAUGUGUUGAUCAAGGAACCGGAACGUAUUCUUGAAAGGAAGAUGGUCAAGAGGCAAGGACGUGCUGCGACUAAGGUCUUGAUCAAAUGGCUUAAUCAACCGGAGGAUGAGGCAACAUGGGAGUUCUUGUUUGAUGUGGAGAAGCGGUUUCCUGCUUUUAUACCUUGAGGACAAGGUUUUGGGGAACGGGAGGAUUUGAUAUAGUAAAAGAAGUAUAGAAGACACGUCAACAAAAGGGAAUGGACACGUCACCGGAAGGAAAGAAGAUACCAAAUAUAUAAGUCACUUGACAAUUAAUAUUUUCAUUAUUCGAAAUUGUAAAAGUUUGUAACAAACUCUCUCUCUCUCAUCUCUCUCUGUGUGACGAUCUCUCAUCUUUGUUGAUUUCCAUUGCUGGAGGAUCAUCACUGUGAGUAGGAAUUGGUGUUUUAGAACGUUGGAUUCCUGAUUUGGAUUUAUAAUACAAAGUGACGUUUAUCUCUUAUCAUAUCGACCACUCUAGCAGACUAGCCUGGAAAGCAGAGCAACGAGCAAAGCCUUUG